AUGCUACGUUCGAUAUUGGAACUUAAUACAAUCAAAAGAUUGGCCAGUACUAUUCCUAAGACAAAGAUUUCUACGCUUUCUAAUGGUAUGACUGUGGCCACCGAAUUUAUUCCAAACACCUCCAGUGCUACAGUAGGUGUGUUUGUUGAUGCAGGAUCUCGUGCAGAAAAUAUUCAAAAUAAUGGUACAGCCCACUUUUUAGAACAUUUGGCCUUUAAGGGAACUCAAAAUAGAACACAGCACGGUAUUGAAUUAGAAAUUGAAAACAUUGGUUCUCAUUUGAAUGCAUAUACUUCGAGAGAAAAUACAGUUUAUUAUGCUAAAUCUUUAAAGGAAGACAUACCAAAGGCAGUUGAUAUAUUGAGUGAUAUCUUGACUAGAUCAGUCUUAGAUCCAAGGGCUAUUGAAAGAGAAAGGGAUGUUAUCAUUAGAGAGAGUGAAGAAGUGGAUAAGAUGUACGACGAAGUUGUAUUUGAUCACUUACAUGAAAUCGCAUACAAGGAUCAACCUUUAGGGAGAACAAUAUUGGGACCUAUCAAGAAUAUCAAAUCUAUUCAAAGAAAGGAUCUUGUAAAUUAUAUUACCCAAAAUUAUAAGGGUGAUAGAAUGGUGCUUGCAGGUGCAGGUUCUGUGGAUCAUGAUAAAUUGGUGGAGUAUGCUCAAAAAUCUUUUGGUCAUUUACCUAUGUCUGAACAACCAGUUCCUUUAGGUUCGCCCCGUGGUCCAUUACCCAUUUUCAAUAGAGGGGAAAGAUUUAUUAAGGAAUCAUCAUUACCAACAACUCAUAUUGCAAUUGCAUUAGAAGGUGUAUCAUGGUCAGCACCUGAUUAUUUUGUUGCGUUAGCCACUCAAGCUAUUGUAGGAAAUUGGGAUAGAGCCAUUGGUGCUGGGACAAAUUCACCUUCUCCAUUAGCGGUAGCUGCAUCAAAUAAUGGAUCACUUGCCAAUUCAUACAUGUCAUUUUCUACUUCAUAUGCUGACACUGGUUUGUGGGGGAUGUACAUUGUCACUGAUUCUAAGCAACAUAAUCCCAAGUUAAUAAUAGAUGAAGUUUUAAGGGAAUGGAGUAGGAUUAAAGCUGGUAAUGUUACUGAUGGUGAAGUUAAAAGAGCAAAAGCACAAUUAAAAGCAGCUUUAUUAUUAUCUUUGGAUAACUCAACCGCCAUUGUUGAGGACAUGGGUAGGCAAAUUGUUACUACUGGGAAAAGACUAUCACCAGAAGAAGUGUCAGAACAAGUCGAUAGAAUUACCAAAGAUGAUAUAGUAAUGUGGGCUAAUUAUAGAUUACAAAAUAAACCAAUUUCUAUUGUGGGGUUAGGUAAUGUUAAUAAUAUACCUAAACUUUCAUAUUUAGAAAGUAAGUUAAACGCCUGA